GAGGGGAAGAGUGAAAGAGAGAGAGAGAAAUUGAAAGAGAGGUGGGUGAGGCAAUUGGGAGAAACAGAGUGAGACAGAUAGGAAAGGGGUGAGGAAACAUGCCCCUCUUUGCCUCUCAUUCUGACGCACACAGACAAGCAAAACACACACUCGCACACACAGAACUUCAAAGUCAACUGCGUUACAUAGUCUCCCUAUUAGCUAAAGAGAUUACAUCUGGGACACUGAACCAAAUAAAUAAGGUGAGAGGAGUGUCACUGCUCAGUUAUUUCAGAGGAGGAGAUCUGGUCCACCUCAGGAUCCUCUUAACACUUCUUUGGUGAGCAGAAGGGAAACACACAAUCUCAUUCACUCAGAAGCUCCCUUACAGAGUGAAGUGCUCCAGAGAGAGCUGGACACAGCAGGAAUUACACUUUUUUUUUCCUACUGUGGAUUUCUCUCAUUUCAUCAAGAACAGAUUUGCAGUUGCAUUUGGGUUGUUUUAACAUUUUUCUCAAAAACAUUUUUUUGCCUCUUGUUGCCUGUCGUCUUUAUUUCCCCCAUCCAAAAGGGGCUCUUCAAGCUCUCCAGUGGAUUGUACGUGGGAGAGACAGAGGAGGUGAGAGGUGAGGCGGUUCCCCACUGAGGUGUUUUGAGUUAUGGAUGUUGACACAUUCCUUUCGGACACGAGGGGAACCAGAUCCAGAAGCAACAGCAGAAGUGACUACAGACGUUUGGGGCUUUACCUUCGGCCAGCACCCUUUCUCCCCUCCACCUCUUCAGCAUGUACCUUUCUGUGAGGGUCUUCCCAAUCCUCCGAGCUCCAGUACAAUGUGCAAAUGGAAAGUGACUAAGGGUGCCUCAGCCUGGUUUCGUCUGUCCUGCCUUUCCCUUCUGCUCCUUCUUCUCCUGUGUUCAGCGCUGCCCGUGGCCUGCCAUGACACCCACAGGGCCGAGCGUGCCCAGAGGGGCACCAACUCCUCAUCCGCGGCGGUUGUCGGGCGGCAUGUGCGCAGCUACAACCACCUCACGGGGGAUGUGCGGAGGAGGAAACUCUUCUCGUACCAGAAGUUCUUUCUCAGGAUCGAUAAAAAUGGAAAAGUCAACGGCACCAAAAGCAAGGAUGAUCCGUACAGUACACUCGAAAUCAAGUCUGUGGAUGUUGGCAUCGUUGCCAUCAAGGGGAUUCAAAGCAAUUACUACCUUGCAAUUAACAAGAAAGGGGUGGUCUACGGGGCGAAGGACUUCGGCAUUGACUGCAAGCUGAUAGAGCGGAUAGAGGAGAACAGGUACAACACCUAUGCCUCUGCAGAGUGGCGAAAUAAGAAAAAGCCCAUGUUUGUUGGCCUGAGCGCCAACGGAAGGCCAAUGAGAGCCAAAAAGACCCGGAGAAAAAACACAGCCACACACUUCCUCCCCAUUCCUAUUGUAUAGCUACAACCUCACCAAAGGGAACAUUUAACUGCACUGAGGAAAAACUUGGAUUUGUCUACAGUAUAAAGGGAUGAGCUUGGAGAAUGUAAAGGAACUGAGAGAACUCAUUUUCACUGAGUCAGACUGUUGUCACAUAUUUGUUUUUAAGUUAUUGGCACCAGGGGAAAAAAUAUGGGACAUUUUUUUAUGCCAAACCCUUUUCUAGCGAAGGAAAGGUUGGACCAAAAUUGACGGAGAGGAAUCGGACAUUGCUGCCGGCAACCUCCCAGAAUGAACUAAGGAGACCUUUCACAGAGUGUAUUGCUUGUGUGUAUUUGUGUGUGUGACCUUUGGAUGCAGUUAUUUAUGCAGUACUAACUCAUAUGAGACACUCUAACGGACUCUCAGACUCUGUGACUCAGUGGACUAAAAGUUAUGCAAACACUUACUGGAAGCACUUGCUCCAAGGUGCAAGACAGAGAGGCCGAGACUGAGACCCAGCAUCCUACGAUCAGAAUUUAGUCAAGCUAGCACCAUAGCAUAAACAACUGUAACAUUAAUAAUAUGCAAACGCCACUGUAUUUGAUAUCUCCAUUCUUUACCUGACUGCUUUUGAAUAAAUUAUUUAUUUUAUGUAAUAUUUAUAGGAAAAACAAAGACAAAAAACAUGGAAUGGACAUUUUUAUCAUUUAUGCUCCUCCUUUAAAAAAAAUAAAAAAGCUAUUCUAUCGGUUACACAUGAA